CAGCCUGCUCCAGGCGAGGUUAACCCUUGGAAUGUGCAGUGGCUUCCUCACGCUCUCGCUAAGCACAAGAAGAGAAGCCGGAGUACAGUCUGAUCACAGACUCCCUCUACAGCUAAGCUGAUUUAGCGCCAAAUUGCAUCCUGCUUCCCGAACACUGUUUGUCCAGAGCACUCUACCUGGUGGGAGGCUGCAGCCAUGCUCCCUUCCCAGGCUCUCCUGCCCGCAGUGCUGUUUGCAUUCGCAGCCCUUCAGGCCCUUGCCUCUGACACCUUCAUGGCAGCUGUCUAUGAGCACGCCGUCAUCCUGCCAGGUCCCACCGAGGAGCCUGUUUCUCCCGACAGUGCUUUGGCCCUGAUGAACAAAAACAUGGAUGUCCUGGAAGGGGCCAUCAAGGAAGCUGCCCAGCAGGGUGCCCACAUCAUCGUGACUCCUGAAGACGGCAUCUAUGGCUGGCGAUUCACAAGAGAAUCCAUCUACCCCUACCUGGAGGAUAUCCCAGAUCCAGUGGUGAAUUGGAUUCCCUGCACUGACCCCUCAAGAUUUGGUCCAGCACCAGUGCAGGAACGACUCAGCUGCAUGGCCAGAAAUAACUCCAUCUAUGUGGUUGCAAAUAUUGGGGACAAGAAGCCGUGUGACUCCAGCGAUCCCGACUGCCCCAGGGAUGGUCGCUACCAGUACAAUACGGAUGUUGUGUUUGACACACAGGGGAAACUGGUGGCUCGUUACCAUAAGUAUAAUCUCUUUCAAGGAGAAAGUCAGUUUAAUUACCCAAAAGAGCCAGAAGCUGUCAUCUUUGAGAGUCCUUUUGGGAAGUUUGGCAUUUUCACUUGCUUUGACAUCCUUUUCUAUGAGCCUGCCGUGGUUCUGGUGAGCAAGAUGCAGGUGGACACCGUGCUCUUCCCAACAGCUUGGAUGAAUGUCCUGCCCUUUCUGACUGCAAUUGAGUUUCACUCUGCUUGGGCUAUGGGCAUGCGUGUCAAUGUCUUAGCUGCCAAUACUCACAACACCAGCAUGGCAAUGACAGGGAGUGGCAUUUAUGCACCAGCUGGAGCCAGAACAUACUCCUACAACAUGAAAACUGAAGAUGGUCACCUCCUCAUUGCUGAACUAGAUGCACACCCUCGUCUUUCUCCUGCCUCCCCACCUGCUGUCAGCUGGAACUCAUAUGCUUUGAGUGUUGGAAGAUUCUCACAGAAUGACCAUGAAUUCACAGGAAUAAUCUUUGAAGACCCCUUUACCUUCACGGAGCUCACUAAGCCUGGGGGGAAUCUCACUGUCUGCCAAAAAGACCUCUGCUGUCACUUGACAUACAAGAUGGCAGAGAAAAGAGAUGAUGAAGUUUAUGUGCUGGGUGCUUUUGAUGGCCUUCAUGUUAUUGAAGGACAGUACUAUCUGCAGAUCUGCAGUCUGCUAAAGUGCCUCAGCACAAACCUGAGCACAUGUGGGCAGCCCGUGGAGAUGGCUCAGACCAAGUUUGAGAUGUUCUCCCUCAGCGGCACAUUUGGCACCAGCUACGUCUUCCCAGAAGUGCUGUACAGCGGGGUGCAGCUGGCCCCCGGGGAGUUCCAGGUGCUAACUGAUGGACGUCUGAUAAGUCGGAAUGCUACAUCACAGGCAGUUUUGAGUGUAACACUCUUUGGGAGGUGGUAUGAAAAGGAUCCUCCACGCACAGAUCAAGCUUCACCAUGAUUUCACUGCAGAUCCUUCAACCUUUCAUCUCCUUGUUUCUGUAAUGUCAAUUAAUCACAAAUAAUGGUAAAUAAUACUAAUAUUCACAAUUAAAAUGGCAUUCUAUUUCUCAAGUUGCUUUAUCUAACAGCA